CAUCCUACUCAGUCUGCCCUGAACUCUCGCUGCUCUCCCGUUUCACUCAGUCUGCCUGUCUGCCUGCUCUCCAGUGGAGUUUCACUUACCACUGUUCAUCAGCACCAAGGAUACAUUCUCACAAAUACAAACGGACACACGUCUCUCCUCGCGGACACGCUUUUGCAAACAAUUAUUGUGGGAAGAGCUCGAAAGUGAGAAUCCAGCACUGCUGAGGCGCCAUAUUUUCCAAAGAUUUCAAAAACAAGCUGCAGAGAAGGAAACAAGGAGCCAAGUGGGGGACGGCCACGUGCCAAAGAGAUGAUCUGACUGGCCUCUUGAUUGACAGCAGGAAAACUCAGUUAGCACCAACCCUGGCCCCAUCCACAUACAGCCAGCUCCCUUUUCAACAAUCAACACAGGCUGCUCCGCCAAAGCGUUGUCGAUGACUGAGAUCUCUGCAUACCAUUAUGGACAAAAAAAGUGCCAAUGGCUUUCAGACAAUGGCCAGUGAAGGUGGUGUUCAGAGAAAGCAACUACCCUACUCUGUAGAAACACCUUACGGCUUCCACCUGGACUUGGAUUUUCUCAAAUAUGUUGAUGAUAUUGAAAAAGGCAACACCAUCAAAAGAGUCCACAUCCAGCGUCGGGUCAAGGGUCCUCCCAAAUUCAGUACUCUGCCUCGAAAUUUCAGUCUACCAGGACAUGGGAUCCGGCCAGUUCCUAAAGACAGCCCAUGGUCUGGGACAUCCACCUUGGGACCAAAACCUAAAUUACGGUUAACAGAGGUUGCUCAGAUCUCUGAUGUAAGAGCAAAUGAAGGAAGUACUUUAAGCCGAGGGACAGCAAUCCAAGCAACAAGUGUUGUUUCAGCGAGGCUUCGAGAUGAAGGAGUUCUGGGAGCUCCCAGUAUUGAAGAAAAAAUGAUGGCCACUCAAGCUCGGCCCAACUUGCUUCGAGCAUCAAGUAUGCCCAUUACCCUACAACAGCGGAAAGGUUCUGAUUCAAGUAGCCCAGACCGUAUUGUCGGAACACCAGAGAAUGGCUCAACUGAAAAUGUUUUUAGAGCAUCAACGGAUAUAACAGAAAGAAGAUGUGCUCCCCAAGAACGAGUGGGGAUUCAUCAGCAGAUCACAGUGGCUUUGAAGCGCGUCAGAGAGCUUGAAGAACAGGUCAAAACCAUCCCUGAACUUAAAGCUCAGAUUUGCUCGCUAAGGUUGGAGAGGGAGCAGCUACUAUGUCAACUUCAGGCCCAAGAAAAGGCCCAGACUUCCACAUUAUAUAAAAUGGUUCCAUGUGAUGAUGCUGGGAUAGGAACUCAAACGCAAGCAAUCAGACAAGGGUUUAAUUUGUCUCUGACACCACAACUUCAGAAAUUGACAAGAAAGGGAGUAACUGAGGAAAAGAAACCGUGUAGCUCAGAGGCAGGUAUUCUGCUUGAAAAAGAGCCUGAAAAUCAAGGCCUGGCUAAGAGUUUGUGUCAGCAAGAAUCUAUUAUUCAAACACAGCUGCCAGAAAAAGGUGACCAACAGAAAGAGACUGUAGGGAGUCCACUUGAGCAUGCAGGGCAGGAAGAUGGUAAUGCAACGAAAGGAGAUAAUUUGGGGGACUCGGGUAAUGUACAGAAUUUGCAUGAAAAGCUAGUAUUACUGGAGGCUAAACUUCUAAAGGCUAGUCAAGAACUGGAGAGAACUAAUGAUCUGUUGAAAGAACAAAUAGUGGAGAACCAAGUGAAAGAAGAGAAAAUACUACAGCUUAGUGAGGGAAUAAGAGUAGAGUUAAGUCCAAUAGAAACAAGCAGCAAACCAAGAAGAGAGAGUAUAGACACAGGCACAGAGACUGAGAGAGUAGACUAUGCCAACCGGGAAACAGAGACAGAAUCACCUGGUACAGUAGAUCAAGGAACUGAUACAGAAAGAAUCUGUAUUGAAGUGUGUGUCCCCCAACAAAGAUCUGAAUUUAUCGAUAAAGAAACGGAGACUACCAAAGUGGACACUCAGGACAAAGUGACAGAAGUUACGGCUGAAGUUCUUUUUGUUAGCCCACAAUUGCCUGUAGUCAACAGCAUGGAAAAGGAUCUAGUGACUGAAAGAGCAACCGCAAAGAACCAGACGACUGAGACAAUUGUAGCAACAUCAGGAGAGGCAAACUAUCCACAGAGGUCAAGGGCCAGCAGUGUUGAUCGGGGGACAGAGACGGAGAGGGUGGACACAGUUGACCAGGUGACGGAGACAGAGGUGGCACAGAUGAAUGACCAUCAUACCGAGACAGAAGCAGAAAGACUGCAAAAUAACAAUCCAGUCAGCAAUGCUGAAACAGAGAAUCAUGAGGUUGGAAAUACAGACAAUCAGAGGGAUGAGGUCCAUAUUAGGGUCAGUGAAAGUGAAGAAGGAAAGAAAAUAAAUGAAAGAUCCCAGACAGAUCACAAAGGCAAUGAAAAUGUGGUGGUAAACGUUAUCACAGAUAGUUCUGCUUCAGUUGGAAGGAGUGGGAUUAAAGAAGAAACUGUAGGUUCGGAUUUUGUUAACCAGACUGAAGAGUCACAAGUUGUAAUGGAAGAGCCCGCAGAAGGUAUAACAGAAGUAAACCGUGUGCAAAAUAAAUCAGAAACAAAAGCAAUAUUACCGGUACUUUUAGACGGUGUUGAAACACAGAGUGUUGGAAAUGCUUUGAGUACUGUCACUGUUGCAGUUGCAUCAGAGCGUGCCACUGUGAAGACAGGAGUUCCAGUAAGACCUCAAAGAGGCCGUAGGCCAUCAGCAGAUCAGUCGCAACCAACACAUCCUCAGCUUCAAGCUGCUUCCCUCUCUUCUGUUCGGGGAUCUAGUGAAAUUCACGGUCAUCAGUCAAAGACUGAGUUUCAAUCCUCUGCAGAACUCUGUGACCCACAGGUGAAAGAUGUAUCCCCAGCUCAGUCUCAGUCAGGGGACAACACUAUGGAAUCCUCAUGCGUAAAAGAAUCUGAAUCACAACCUCAAACUGACUUUCAAAGCCCAUCAUCAAGCUCCAAGGAAGUCCAAAUUCGACCAAAAUCCAUCCAAGCCCCAUCUAAACCUACAACUCGACGGGAUUCAAAGGAGCUGAAAGCACCCACGAGAGUAUCUCGCGUAUCACAGCCUUUAAGACGUGGAUCCAGCGAUAGCCACACACACCCAACACGCCGUAUAUCAAGCGAAGUCCAAUCUCAGUCUCGAAGAUUGUCCGAUGAGAGUCAACCUCUUAAGAACGAACCUGAACUACAGACCUUAUACAGAGGCUCCAGUGAAACAGCUCAACAUCGGAGUUCUGGUGAAGCCAUUGCCUCACGUUGUGACACUGACGAAUCACCGCAGGUACGCAGAGGCUCAAGUGAGUCACCAACUUCGCCUGCAGCUUUAGGUCAAGUUGUAACCCGGAUAACAGGGCUUCUGGGUGAGCAGUGGGCUCAGUUGGGGAGCAGUUCCGGAGCACAACCAUCGGUCAGCCAGCAGAAGAGUCCCAGCACACAAAAACAGACGGCAGGGAAAAGCACAGAGGCAGGAAAGGGAGCCUCAGCCAAGCCUGCAGGAAAAGCAGCAACAGCAGGGAAACCAACUGGGAAGCCUGGCCCUUCCAAGAUGAGCUCUAUUCAGAGUCAGUUGGUCAGUUCCCUUAGUGUUCUUUCUGCCUUUUAUUCACCAGGCUCAAAAGCUGCUGCUAACAAACAGCAAGAUCAAGGUCUCAGAUCUAUUAUGAAGAAAAAUGGGGCUGUUGACAAGCAGGGAAAUAAGGGAACCAAGAAAAACCUGAAGUUUGUCGGGGUGAAUGGAGGUCGUGGCAGAGUUGAGGACCCAAACACAGAGAGGUAUGAGAGCACGUCGAGCGACGAGUCCAGCGGAGAGGAGAAGGAAACAAUGGAUGUCAAAGGAGAGGGGGGCAGCUCAGAGGCAGAGGAGGAAAAACUCAAAGAGGCUACUUCAGCAGAAAAGCCUGAGGAGGGAGCAGAUGCGCAUGGGGAAGAUGCUGAAAUCUUGCAUGCUGAAGAAGGUGCGGUAGCUGCACAGAAAGAGAGCAGCAAAGAUCUGCUGGAUCCAGACACUAGCCAGGAGCUUCUGGGGCUAGAGGAUGAAGGGGAAAAAGUUGACAAGAGUUUUAUAGAUGCCUGCCUCUAUGUCAAGGAUCGCAUGGAAGAGGUUACAUCUCCAGAUAAAGAAAUGCGUCAAGUUUUAGUGGUUCUGUACCAGGAAUGGUUCAAAGUUUCCAGUCAGAAAACUUCGGAGGCCGAUACCGUCCGAUUAUACCUGCGCCAAGUGGGAUUGACCACACCGACUCUCCUGCCAUAUGUUGUAAACCUGACCGACGGCAACGGGAAUAUGGCGCUCCACUACAGUGUCUCGCAUUCAAACUUCCCCGUGGUCAAACUGCUGCUUGAUACUGGACUUUGUGAAACGGACAACGUGAACAAGGCAGGCUACACGCCAGUGAUGCUGGCUGCAUUGACAGCUGCUGAGAGCCCUGACGAUUUGGAGGUCGCGCAACAACUGCUGAGACUCGGUGAUGUUAACGCGCGCUCCAGACAGAUGGGUCAGACAGCACUGAUGCUUGCCGUGAGCCAUGGCCGUCUUGCCAUGGUGAGGCUGCUGCUCAGUUGUGGCGCAGAUGUAAAUGCUCAGGAUUAUGAGGGCUCCACGGCCUUGAUGUGUGCCAGCGAGCACGGCCACACUCACAUUGCCGGCCUGCUGCUGGAGACAGGUCACUGUGACACCAGCCUCACAGAUAAGAAUGGACAGACCGCGAAGGAGGUGGCAGAAGGAUCUUCCCACCCAGAUGUUGUUGACCUCAUCAAAGCCCACGACCAAGCAGAGUCUGGCCACUGAGCUAAAGUGACUAUCCUCCAAACCGGCUCCCGAUGUUACAACCACAGAGCAGAGAAUGCUGAAAAAAAAUGAUGCACCUAAAUGCCCCCCUGCCCCCCCCCCCUCCUCCCCCGCCCCUGCUCAGUGCAUCGGUGCAUUUUUUCCCUUGAAGCUGCGGGAGCUCACAAGCAAACUUCAGAGACAGAUUGCUCAUAUUUGCUUCCAUAUCGCAGU